CGCUCUCAGACGAACUAAACAACAUCUUGAUGAACUACUGCUGGUUCAAGGUUGAAGGUAGUGUAAGAAGGAAAGUUCAUCUCACAUCUGAGAGGGAGGUGAACUGUAUGCUCCUUCGGGUUGGUCGAGUCCGUCGUCUUUGUUGGGAGCACCUACGCCCAGUGACUGCAGACUGGAGAAAAAUGAGGGCUAUGGUUGCCGGCAGGCUGGUCAACGUCUAUUCUGACAAUGACUACACCCUUGCCUUCCUCUACAGGAGAAGCUCUAUCCAAUUCGGCAUCGCUGGGCUGCAAGCGAUCCAAGGCGUGAAAGGGGUCGAGAACGUGGACGUCAGCGAUAUGGUUACGGGCCACACUGCCUACCGGUACUUAACUUGGAAGAUCCUCCAACGGAUCGGAUUUGAAGAAAUCUCGGUUGUCGAGAUGGAGCGAGAGGAGAAGGAGCUUCAGGAGGUGCAGGCGCAGGAGGAAGCAGUGCACAAAACCUGGGGUAUGAUUCUGUAACUGUUAAUUAGAGAAAUGCCUGGGAGAGCUUGAAUUCCUUAAACACAAGGCGGCUCGUUGGACGUGGAGUCG